UGUUGUAAUGUUACCUCUGAAAACUGACAUGCUAGCAUUUAUUGUUUUUUAUUGCCCCUCCCAGGUGGCUUCUGAAAGAGAAAACCAAGUGACACAUGUUUAAGAAGGGUUUAAAAGUUUGAUGUGCUUGGAUUAGGCAUUAUUUAUCUAGUGAGAAGCAGAAGAUUGGUGCUUCUGCGGGCUUCUGCGGGCUUCUGCGGACUUCUGUGACCAUCUGAGCAGCAAAUCCAGCAAUGAAUAAUUCAACGGGCUGUCCGGCCAGUGCAACUGUGUGCAAUGGCACGUCCUGUGUGGUAACUAAGAAAAACUUCAAUGACAUUCUCAGUGUGGUACUGAGUACCGUCUUGACCGUCCUUUUAGCUAUGGUGAUGUUCUCCAUGGGAUGUAACGUGGAAAUCAAGAAAUUCCUAGGACACAUAAAGCGGCCGUGGGGCAUAUGUGUCGGCUUCCUCUGUCAGUUUGGAAUCAUGCCCCUCACAGGAUUCAUCCUAUCAGUGGCCUUCGACAUCCUCCCCCUCCAAGCCGUGGUGGUACUCAUCAUGGGAUGCUGUCCCGGAGGAACUGCCUCCAAUAUCUUGGCCUAUUGGGUUGAUGGCGACAUGGACUUGAGUAUCAGCAUGACCACAUGCUCCACGCUGCUUGCCCUGGGAAUGAUGCCGCUGUGCCUCUUUAUCUAUACCAAAAUGUGGGUCAACUCUGGGACGAUCGUCAUUCCCUUUAAUAACAUAGGUACAUCUUUGGUCGCUCUUGUUGUUCCUGUCUCCAUUGGAAUAUUUGUUAAUCACAAAUGGCCCCAUAAAGCCAAGAUCAUACUUAAGAUUGGGUCCAUCACAGGCGCAAUCCUUAUUGUGCUCAUAGCUGUCGUUGGAGGAAUCCUAUACCAGAGUGCCUGGAUCAUCGCUCCCAAACUGUGGAUCAUAGGAACGCUAUUUCCUUUGGCCGGAUACUCUUUAGGGUUUUUACUGGCUAGAGUAUCUGGUCAGCCCUGGCACAGGUGCCGGACAGUUGCUUUGGAGACAGGGAUGCAGAACACGCAGCUGUGCUCCACCAUCGUGCAGCUCUCCUUCACCCAGGAGGAGCUCAACCUCGUGUUUACCUUCCCGCUCAUCUACAGCAUCUUCCAGCUCGCCUUCGCAGCAAUAUUCCUAGGAACGUAUGUGGCAUACAAGAAAUAUCAUGGAAAAAAUAAUGUGGAAUUUUCAGAGAGCAAAGACAACGAAAUGGUCUCUGGGUCAUCACUCCAUAAGGUGAAUGAAGGAUUUCAACCAGAUGGAAGGUAGACACCGACUGGACAAAAGAGAAGAACUCAAAAGUACAUGCUUCUGUUAACAAGAUUUGUUUGUUUUGAUGGGAUAUUUGGCAGGAAAAAGUUAAAGUGAAAAUUUAAAUUCCAGUUGAAUCCAUACACUGGUUUUGGUACCAAGUGACUGGUGGUUCAAAUCAUUAAUGUGACAAAUAUUUGUAUACACACACACACACACAUACAUACACACACACACAUAUAUAUACUGUCUUUGAAAUAUGCCCAAGAAAUAUCCUCCGACCUCUGACUAAAACUGACAUUGGUAACACUGAGAACGUCCUAACUCCUGAACAGAUUCUUAACCAGAAUCUCAUAACCUGACUUUUCGUAUCUUAAUAUAGAUGCAAUGAAUUGUUGUUAUUAUUAUAAAAUGAUCAAGAUUUUCUUCAGUAUUUAUAAUUGUAAAAAGAUUGAAAUGAACUUCUUCCACUGACAUAUUAAUUACUACUUUGAAAAUGUUGUAACCUAUUUAUUUAUAUAACUUUGUUGUAUAA